AUGGCGGGGUCCCCAUGGCAACAAAAGCCUUGGUAUCCAGUCCAAAGUGCAGACAUGGCCGCUACAUCGGCUCGUGGCUCAGGUUUGUCCGCGCUUGAGCACAAGGUCACUGUUCAGCAAGGGCUCGAUUUAGAAUGUGAACACGGUCACAUGGCUGACCCUUACAACGAACCCCCUCUGCCAACUCUCCAGUGCUCUGGCGUAGGUGUUGUUCCAAAGAAAAAGGAGUUGAGACAAAUUCGUGGGGGCAAUGUGGCUGGCUUUCAUCCAGCCAAUGUUAGGUAUGAUCACCUUGAAGGUAUCCAUAUUUUAGAUGAUCAUGAUGUUCUCUCCUUCUUGACUACAAGUUUGGGAGCUCCACCACCUGAGCAUAGAAAGGAUGACGGAGAUGAGCCAGUGACUCUUAGUGAUGAUGAGUUAGAGAAGUUGAAUCAAGAGUUUGAGCAAUACUCAAAAUCGUUUGAAGAACAGAAAGAAACAUAUUCGAAGGAGCAUCCUGAUCUUUAUGAUGAAUAUCGAGAUCCAUAUUUAUCUGAUAGUGUAGAAGAAAGAAAUCUCAAUCAGAUUAUGCAGGGACAGAAGGACAUCUUGACUAUUAUCAGAGACUUGUCUAUGAAGUUUGAAUAUUUACGUGAUGAUGUAAAGAAGAAAAGCUUAUCUUCAGCUCAAGUGGCAGCUCGUCCUCCUCAUGGAUUGUCAGAUGAAUUGGGAACUGAAAUGCACACAGUCAUACAGCAGCAAAAGGACAUGCUUCACAAAUUAGAAGGAAUCGAGACCUUACAGAGACACCAAGCAGCUAGUAGUCAGCAGGGAAGUAGUUCUGAGCUUGUAUCUCAUGUUUCAUCAUUGAUUGAAAGCGUCAGACAUGUGCAGCACUCUCUUGAUCAGAUGCAAAACAGACAGGGUGCACCAGCUGAGUGUCCUUCUCUUGACACGAGUGGUUGCUUUCCGACAGUUUACUUUGUUCUGUUUCUUUCAUGUCAAGUGGUGAUGUUUAUUGCGUAUUUGAUCUACAAACACAAAAACGAAACAGCUGCUAAGAAAUUCUUUUGAUAGAGCUGAUGGUGUAGAAACAUGACAGCUUGUGUCAAUACAGACCAAAAUUCAAA